AAUCCCCACACCCGCCAGAUCUCCCCAGAUGGGGCCAGAGUUGCCUGCAUCCAGAUGGCCAGGCUAGGGGACCUUUGGGCUGCUGGUGGGAGGAUCGCCUUGGACUAGUGCUUUAGGAUUCAGCUCCCCAACCCUCUGAGAUUCGACCUGCUGAACUCUGACCUCUGGCCCUGGCUUUUGCUGUGGUGGUGGGGGCAGGUAUGGUGGGAAGGAGGGAUGUUAGGAUUUCUUUGGCCUGCAAAGUAGGUGGGCAAGAGUGCCUCCGGACUGGGAGAGAUGUGUCCAUGUAUGUGUGUGAGUGUGAAUCUGUGCCUAUCUGUUGACUAUGUCACUGUGGUUCAAUAUUUUGUGUGCAUUUGUAAGUGUAAAUCCCUUACAGGGCUGUGUGUGUGAACAUUUCUGUUAUGAGUUAACAUCUCAGUGUCUGUGCAAAAGGUAGAUCUUUUUGUACAUUGUGCUUGUUUGAGUGUGUAUCAGGCUUGUAAGUGUCUGCAUACUUGUGGUUUUGUGUAUGUGUGUGAGGUGUAUAUCAGUUAGUGUGUACAUUUGUGCGUCUUUUGGUGUAGGAAUAUAUCAGCUUUGUGACUGCAUCAUGGGGAUAUGUGAAGUUGUCUGAGCAUGUUUGGGCAUUUAAGAGUGUGUCUGUGUAUCUUUGAUCGUGCAAGUGAAUAUCUGUUAUAUGUGUAUGCCUGUAUGUUGGUGCAAGAGUAUAUCUGUUAUAGGUGCAUGUACCUGGUUGUCUGCAAAGAUAGAUACGUGUGUGCGUGCGCACAUCUGUGUGCACAUCGGUGUGUGUGCAUUUGUGUAUGUGAAUGUGCAAGAGUCAAUAUUGUACAUGUGUGGUUGUAUGUGGGUGUGACAAUCUUGAGGGUAUGUGUCUGUCUAUAUUGUGAGUUCAUUUAUGCAUCCGUGUUGGUCUCUCAAGAGUGAGGUUGUGUGUGUUCAAACAUUAUGUGCAGGAUUGUAUGCACACACAUGCCUGUGUCCCUGGCACAAGGCUGACCCUGCUUCUGGACCCAGUGAGAUUGGGGUUCACGUGGCGUGAUCUGUGGUAUGCUGGGGUCCAGCCUGGGGCUCAUGGACACAAAUGUGUCCACAUCCCAGGCCAAGAGCCAGGGGAGGGUGUGGGCACAGAGAUCAUGCUGGUGUGUCUAUGGAAAUACAAGUGUAGAGACUUGAGUUGUGGGCCCAUGUGAGUUUGGUGUGUCUGCACAUGUUGGUGUGACAAUGAUUUGAUGGUACUGGCCCAGGCCCUGACUCCCUGAAGAGAGAUGUGAGCACAGAAGUCUUCCCCCUGCUUGGGAGCUCAGAAGAGCCCAGGAUGAAACCAAGAUGAAGAAACCGAAAUUCAGAGAGGUUCAGACACUUGCCCGAGGUCACACAGCUAGUCUUAUUGUCCACUCCUCCCAACUUCCCACUGCACCAUGGCUCCCGGCCCCUUCUCCUCUAUGCUGCUCUUGCCACCACCUGCAGCCCUGUCUUUUUUGCUGCUACUCUGGGCAGGGGCAUCUCGUGGCCAGCCCUGUCCUGGCCGCUGCAUCUGCCAGAAUGUGGCGCCCACGCUGACCAUGCUGUGCGCCAAGACUGGCUUGCUCUUUGUGCCGCCAGCCAUUGACCGGCGUGUGGUGGAACUGAGGCUCACAGACAACUUCAUUGCGGCCAUCCGCCGCCGAGACUUCGCCAACAUGACCAGCCUGGUGCACCUCACCCUCUCCCGUAAUACCAUCGGCCAAGUGGCAGCUGGCGCCUUUGCUGACCUCCGUGCCCUCCGGGCUCUGCACCUUGACAGCAACCGCCUGGCCGAGGUGCGUGGCGACCAGCUCCGCGGCUUGGGCAACCUCCGUCACCUGAUCCUUGGCAACAACCAGAUCCGCCGGGUGGAGUCGGCGGCCUUCGAUGCCUUCCUGUCCACUGUGGAGGACCUGGAUCUGUCCUACAACAACCUCGAGGCCCUGCCCUGGGAGGCCGUAGGCCAGAUGGUGAACCUGAACACCCUCACGCUGGACCACAAUCUCAUCGACCACAUCGCUGAAGGUACCUUCGUGCAGCUUCACAAACUGGUUCGCCUGGACAUGACCUCCAACCGCCUCCAUAAACUGCCCCCUGAUGGGCUCUUCCUGAGGUCCCAAGGCCCGGGGCCCAAGCCGCCCACGCCACUCACGGUUAGCUUUGGUGGCAACCCCCUGCAUUGCAACUGCGAGCUGCUCUGGCUGCGGCGGCUGACCAGGGAGGAUGACUUGGAAACGUGUGCCACCCCUGAGCACCUCACUGACCGCUACUUUUGGUCCAUCCCUGAGGAGGAGUUCCUGUGCGAACCCCCGCUGAUCACACGGCAGGCGGGGGGCCGGGCCCUCGUGGUGGAGGGCCAGGCAGUCAGCCUGCGGUGCCGUGCUGUGGGGGACCCUGAGCCGGUGGUGCAUUGGGUGGCACCUGAUGGGCGGUUGCUGGGGAACUCUAGCCGGACCCGGGUCCGGGGGGAUGGGACGCUGGAUGUAACUAUCACCACCUUGCGGGACAGUGGUACCUUCACUUGCAUCGCCUCCAAUGCCGCUGGAGAAGCCACGGCGCCCGUGGAGGUGUGCGUGGUGCCUCUCCCUCUGAUGGCGCCCCCGCCGGCUGCCCCGCCGCCCCUCACUGAGCCUGGCUCCUCUGACAUUGCCACGCCUAGCCGACCUGGUGCCAAUGAAUCUGCUGCUGAACGCCGGCUGGUGGCGGCGGAGCUCACCUCCAACUCUGUGCUCAUCCGCUGGCCAGCGCAGAGGCCGGUGCCUGGCAUCCGCAUGUACCAAGUCCAGUACAACAGCUCCGCUGAUGACUCCCUUGUCUACAGGAUGAUCCCCUCCACCAGCCAGACCUUCCUGGUGAAUGAUCUGGCGGCGGGCCGCGCCUAUGAUCUGUGCGUGCUGGCGGUCUACGACGAUGGUGCCACAGCGCUGCCAGCCACGCGAGUGGUGGGCUGCGUGCAGUUUACCACGGCUGGGGAUCCCGCGCCCUGCCGCCCGCUGAGGGCCCACUUCUUGGGCGGCACCAUGAUCAUUGCCAUCGGGGGUGUCAUCGUUGCCUCGGUCCUCGUCUUCAUCGUUCUGCUCAUGAUCCGCUACAAGGUCUAUGGCGACGGAGAUGGCCGUCGUGUCAAGGGCGCCUCUAGGUCACCCCCGCGGGUCAGCCACGUGUGCUCGCAAACCAAUGGUGCAGGGGCGCCGCAGGCCCCACCGCCAGCGCCAGAAUGCUACGUGGCAUUACGCGAGGAGGCGUCCCCGGCUGCGGCAGCCCUGGCGGUGGAAGCAAAGACCACGGUGGUAGAGACGGCAGCUUCCGCAGACCCAGAGGCCGUCUUUGGACGCUCCCUGGGUGGCUCGGCCACCUCGCUGUGUCUCCUGCCAUCGGAGGAAACCUCUGGGGAGGAGCCUCGGGCCGCUGUGGGUCCUCCGAGGAGCCGUUCUGGGGCCUUGAGGCCGCCGGCUUCAGCGCCCUCCACUCUAGCUCUGGUUCCUGGGGGGGCACCCGCUCGGCCUCGGCCACAGCAGCGUUACUCGUUUGACGGGGACUAUGGGGUGCUCUUCCAGAGCCACAGUUACCCGCGCCGCGCCCGGCGGACAAAGCGCCACCGGUCCACCCCGCACCUGGACGUGGCUGGAGGGGGCGUGGCCGGGGAGGACGGGGAGCUGGGGCUGGGCUCCGUCCGGGCGCGCCUGGCCUUCACCAGCACCGAGUGGAUGCUGGAGAGUACCGUGUGAGCGGCUGCGGCGGGCGCCGGGACUCCUGGUGCCACGGACAGGACCAACUCCGAGCUGCCCAGACCCGGGGGCAGGACUGGAGGGAAAAAGCACAGCGCCAAGACCUCUGACUGGAGGGGAGGUGGGCCCUUCUCCCCGAGGGGGCGCUGCGGCCUGCAGCUAAGGCUCGAGGCAAUGCACCGUGUCCUGGGGAGAUGGGGAGCGGGCCGCUGGGCUCCUCCCGUGAGAACUCCUCGCCCCACUUGUCCCUCCCCCAGCGCGCUCGCGGACCUCGCUGGAGCUGGUGCCUUACACAGCGAAGCGCGGGGAGGGGCAGGGCCCCCCCACACUGCAGCACUGAGACACGAGCCCCCUCCCCCUGCCCGGGACCAGGGGCAGGGACGAGGGGCCCAUUUCUUGUAUCUGGCUGGACUAGAUCCUAUUCUGUCCCGCGGCGGCCUCCAAAGCCCCACCCCGAGCCCAUUCACCUCUCUGAUCCCGUAGGGUCUGGCUUGGGGUCCCCUUUUCUCUGUCCCCCUCUUUUGUGUCUAUCCUGCUCUCUGUCUUCUCUGUCUUAUGUCUCUGCCCUUUUCUAUUUGUCUCUUUUUUCUCUGUCCCGUCGUCUCUUCUGCCCUCCCAUGUUUUGCCCAGUCUCUUUGUCUCUCCGGGAUUACCUCCCCCCACCACACAUUCUCCCGGGCAGGUCCCACUGGAAGGACCAGACUCCCUAUUCCUUCCUCUUUCCUCAAGUAAAUCCCCACACGAAUAAAGUCCAAAACGAAGUCCUCCUCCCCACCGGAGCCAGGACCCCCGCCGCAGCAGAAUUAAACUUUUUUCUGUGUCCGA